AUGGAGGAAAUCGCCUCUGCUAUCAGCAAGCUCCCGCGCUGUAAAACUCCAGGGCCGGACGGCCUGACAGGGGAACUCUUCCGCUCCUUCAAGACCAGCUUCACCCCAGCCAUCCACUCCCUGUUCCUUGCCUCCUCCUCCGCCCUCCCCCCCACGAUGCUGCAGGUUUUCCAUCGCUAUGCUUCUCACUUCCUUCCCAGCUUCCCCAUCUCCUGCACCCAACGACGGCUAAUGUCGUGCUAUGCAGACGACGUGACAAUAUUCCUUAACUCUGACAAAAAGCUCCAGAAGGCCUCUCACGUUCUCCUUUCCUUUGCCGCGGUGUCAGGCGAAUACCCGAACCGGGCCAAAUGUGCCCUCAUUCCAUUCAACAUUCCCCCCUCGGCAAUCACAUAUGCCGGCGCCAUUCCCAUCCGCGGCGAAUUUCAACCCCCCCCCCCCACCCCCUCCAUUCAAGCCAUCGACGCAGUCGUUGGGAACUUACUCUCGUCGUCCAAAUACCAAGCGGAAGGUCGUACUCACCGGCUCCUCGCUCAUAACACCAUAUACAACAGAGUCGAGCACGGCGGGCUCGGGGCAAUCCGUCCCACCACGCAAAUACUUGCGCUGAACGCUCAGCGUGCACUGCGUCGCUUCUCCCACCUUCCCAACGCAGCCGUCGCAAGGGAGCUCGUACCCAUCCCCUUCGGCCUCCACGGCUUCCUGCUUCACAAAGACUUCCUCGCGGCUCUCCCUGACGCCGUCCCGACCCGCCUACGACAAGAAGUCCGGAGUCUCACCUCGCUCUCCCUUAACGUGCUGCCCCCCCGCCCCGAGUUCUGGUGCAUCCUGGCCGAACUUGUCCCGUUCAACCCCCUCCUCUGCAAGGAGGACGGGCGACCCUUCGGACGGCUCAAAGACGAGGCCUUCCUCUUAACGGAAGAAGUCCGUAUUGGCCAUCUUGUGCGCCGCGACGCCACAGGUGCCCGCCGGAUGACUAAGGAGGAAAUCCUGCUCAAAUACCCCCCCCGCAACUACCCUUGCAGCCGCCGUAUCCUCCACGAAAUUUAUGAGGCGAUGCCGGACGAAUGGUUGGCGGCCCUAUCCUCCUCCCACAGCCGCGUGCCCCUGUCCUCUGGCGACUGGGUGAUAAUGGCGGCAGAUAUGCACUCCCUUCCUCGCCUCGCUUAUGAAGUCGCCUCCAUUAUCUCAACUGAUUCCUUCCAGGCCAGCGCCUACCCCAUCGACCCAGUAGGUAGAAUCUCGAAGGCGGCUGAGGCUCGUUGCCUCCUCCGCAUUCGAGAUACGGUGCAGGUGCUCGUGACAGAUCGGUGGCUCUGCGGUACCUUUUGCUCAGGAGCGGGACUAGCAGCGCGAUUGGAGAUUCUACACGAGGGCGCCCCUUCACUAGCGACGAUCAGGAGCCUGGCUUACACGCAACAGCCGCUUCCGCAUGCGCAACGAUGGAUUAACAUCCUUCCUGACCCAGGUCCCAGCCUCGUUCCUGACUACACGCACGACUUCCUAGCAGAACAACCCUCUUCGCAGCGUGACGUGCUAUUUCGGCUUUACGCUCGUGCGCUGCCCUCUGGUUCACGAUUCCUUUACACUGCCGAUAAGGGCAUAUGCGGGGGGUGCAACAGAGGAGUCAUUGAAGACCUGCCUCACCUCUUUUUCGAAUGCGGUGUUGCCCAACCCAUCACCGCGGCGCUUCAACGGACCGCCCGCCUUCACGUGGGAAUUUCCACUCCAGCGGCGUUGACCCUCUUCCCUAUGACCUCAGCUGCGGGCCGGGGGAAACUGCAGGGGAGGGAGGGAAGGGAGGGAAGGGAGGGAAGGGAGAGAAGGGAGGGAAGGGAGAGAAGGGAGGGAAGGGAGGGAAGGGAGAGAAGGGAGGGAAGGGAGGGAAGGGAGAGAGAAGGGAGAAAAGGGAGAGAAGGGAGGGAAGGGAGGGAAGGGAGAGAAGGGAGGGAAGGGAGGGUAAGGGAGGGAAGGGAGAGAAGGGAGGGAAGGGAGGGUAAGGGAGGGAAGAAUGGGACACGGGAAGGGGAGAAUGGGCGGCGGGAAGGGGAAUAG